AUGGCCUUUCAAGCAUCCUCUUCUUCUUUCGGCCGUCGAUGGCCUUACAAUGUAUUCUUGAGCUUUAGAAGUGAAGAUACCCACCUCAGUUUUACUGCUUGUCUAUACAAAGCUCUAUGUGAAAAUGGAAUCUAUAUGUAUGACAAACUUAGAGAAGAAGGGGAAAUUUCACCAGAAAUUCUCAAAGCCAUUAAAGAUUCAAGGACUUCAACAGUUGUACUCUCUAAAAACUAUGCAUCAUCUACAUGGUGCUUGAGUGAGCUGAUCGAGAUCCUCCGGUGUAGGGAAUCAAACCAACAAAUUGUUUUACUAGUGUUUUAUAAAGUAAAUCCAUCCUACGUACGACAUCAAAAUAAGAAUUUUGCAGAAGCAUCGGCUCAACACCUAGACAGCUUCAUGGAGGAAACUGUGCAGAGCUGGAAGGCAGCCCUGAAUAAAGUGGCCAAUUUGUCCGGGUGGCAUUUAGAGAAAGGUGGUAGGAAUGAAUUUAAAUUCAUCAACGAAAUUGUUCAAGUGGUUUCAAGAAUAGUAAAUCGCACAUACCAAAGUGUUCCCAAAUAUCUGGUUGGAAUAGAGUCUCACAUACAAGAUAUCAAUGGGCUUUUACAUAUUGGGAUGAGUGACAUACGCGUAAUAGGAAUCUUCGGAGCUGGUGGAAUUGGUAAGACAACUAUUGCCAAGGCGAUUUAUAACUCGUUUGCUUACCAGUUUAAAGAUAGUUGUUUUCUUGCAAAUGUUAGAGAAACUUCAAUGAAAGAGUGCGGUUUAGUCCAAUUGCAAGAGACACUACUUUCUGAGAUCCUAGGCAACUUAAGUUUGAAGGUUGGUAAUGUUGAUCGAGGAAUCAACGUCAUAAAGGAAAGGCUUUGUCGUAAAAAUGUUCUUUUAGUCCUUGAUGAUGUGGAUGAGUUGGUCCAAUUGAAAGCAUUAUCUGGAGAACCCAAUUGGUUUGGUUUAGGAAGUAGAAUCAUUAUAACAACAAGAGAUGAACACUUGCUAAUUAAGCAUAACGUUGAUUUCACAUACAAGAUGAAUGAAAUGGAUCACAAUGAAGCUUUUCAGCUCUUUAGUAUACAUGCUUUCAAAAGUGACAAACCUCAUGAUUAUUGUGUGGACCUUAUAGAAGAUGCACUACGUUAUGUUGGGGGCCUCCCACUAGCUUUGACAGUGCUAGGUUCAAAUCUAUAUGGUAAAGAUAUACACUAUUGGAAAAGUGCAUUGGAAAAGUACAAAAGAAUUCCAGAGAAAAAUAUUCUAGAAAAACUUCAACUAAGUUAUGAUGGAUUGGAUGAAAGUGAGAAGAAUAUUUUCCUUGACAUUGCAUGCUUCUUCAAAGGGCAAAAUGCAAAAUAUGUUACUAAGAUACUAGAUAGUUGUGGUUUCUUUCCAAAUAUUGGUAUUAUAGUACUUGUGGAGAAGUCUCUUAUAACUAUUGAUGAGGAUAAAUUGGUCAUGCAUGACUUAUUGCAAGAUAUGGGUAGAGAAAUUGUUCGUCAAGAAUUGCCCAAAGAACCAGGCAAACGCAGUAGAUUGUGUGGUAGGAAUGAAUUUAAAUUCAUCAACGAAAUUGUUCAAGUGGUUUCAAGAAUAGUAAAUCGCACAUACCAAAGUGUUCCCAAAUAUCUGGUUGGAAUAGAGUCUCACAUACAAGAUAUCAAUGGGCUUUUACAUAUUGGGAUGAGUGACAUACGCGUAAUAGGAAUCUUCGGAGCUGGUGGAAUUGGUAAGACAACUAUUGCCAAGGCGAUUUAUAACUCGUUUGCUUACCAGUUUAAAGAUAGUUGUUUUCUUGCAAAUGUUAGAGAAACUUCAAUGAAAGAGUGCGGUUUAGUCCAAUUGCAAGAGACACUACUUUCUGAGAUCCUAGGCAACUUAAGUUUGAAGGUUGGUAAUGUUGAUCGAGGAAUCAACGUCAUAAAGGAAAGGCUUUGUCGUAAAAAUGUUCUUUUAGUCCUUGAUGAUGUGGAUGAGUUGGUCCAAUUGAAAGCAUUAUCUGGAGAACCCAAUUGGUUUGGUUUAGGAAGUAGAAUCAUUAUAACAACAAGAGAUGAACACUUGCUAAUUAAGCAUAACGUUGAUUUCACAUACAAGAUGAAUGAAAUGGAUCACAAUGAAGCUUUUCAGCUCUUUAGUAUACAUGCUUUCAAAAGUGACAAACCUCAUGAUUAUUGUGUGGACCUUAUAGAAGAUGCACUACGUUAUGUUGGGGGCCUCCCACUAGCUUUGACAGUGCUAGGUUCAAAUCUAUAUGGUAAAGAUAUACACUAUUGGAAAAGUGCAUUGGAAAAGUACAAAAGAAUUCCAGAGAAAAAUAUUCUAGAAAAACUUCAACUAAGUUAUGAUGGAUUGGAUGAAAGUGAGAAGAAUAUUUUCCUUGACAUUGCAUGCUUCUUCAAAGGGCAAAAUGCAAAAUAUGUUACUAAGAUACUAGAUAGUUGUGGUUUCUUUCCAAAUAUUGGUAUUAUAGUACUUGUGGAGAAGUCUCUUAUAACUAUUGAUGAGGAUAAAUUGGUCAUGCAUGACUUAUUGCAAGAUAUGGGUAGAGAAAUUGUUCGUCAAGAAUUGCCCAAAGAACCAGGCAAACGCAGUAGAUUGUGGUUUCAUGAAGACGUUCAUUAUGUACUAGAAGAAAAUAUGGGAACAAACAAAAUUGAAGGCAUAUUAGUGGAAUUGCCGAGACUUGAUACAGUGGAGUUCCAAAACCUUCGAGAAGAUGAAAAUUCUCAGAUAUUUUAUAUGUCGUAA